AUGCAGUCUGAUUGUUCGACAACAGUCCAUCUAACCGUCUUUUCAUCUAUGUUUUCACUUAUAAACCCCAAAUCUUCCUCAAACAAUCCUCCAACAUCAUUGAGCCUUCCUCCCAUCACUAACCUCUUCGAUGAAAUUCCUGAAGAAGCCUCUACCUUAACUCAUAUCCCAGUUUUGAAAAUUAAGAAGCGUCGAAAAAAGACUCAAAGAAUUACAGCUUGCCAGCACAUAAAUAAAAAACACUACGCUAGAGGGAUGUGCAAUUCUUGCUACCAUCGAUAUGGAAGAGACACCUAUGCCUGACUAUGUGAGCACACAGAUAGAAAGCUUUAUGCAAAAGGAAUGUGCGAGCUUUGCUACAAUAAGCAGCAUGCAGAAACGACUACAAAGAUAAAAAUAAUCUUAAAUUAG